AUGGAAAAAAUCGAUAUUGAAUUUUUGAGUAACUUGUUCGAGAUGAAUAAUAUUAUGGAAGGGAAGAGUUUGAAAAAAUUAAUUGAAAUAGGAGGUGAUCAAGGUUUAUUAACAGCAUUCUAAUCUAAUGUUAAUGUAUUAAUUUUGAUUUAUAACAGAAUGGAGUUGAUUCAAAUGAAAAUGUUUUAAGACUGAGAUAAUUGUAUGGGGAGAAUUUACCAGUGGAGAAAGAAUUAUCAUCUAUAUUUUCAAUGAUUAUUGAGUGUUUCGGAGACACCAUGUUAUAAAUAUUGUUGGUAGCUUCAUUAGUCUCAACUGGGAUUGGAAUCUACAAGGAAGGUAUUGAGACUGGGUGGAGUGAAGGAGCAACAAUAUUCUUUGCAGUAUUUUUAAUAGUUUCAAUUACUGUUGGGAAUAAUUAUGUUAAAGAAAGACAAUUUCAAAAAUUAUACCAUAAAUUAGAUGAAUCAAAGCAGCAAGUUAUUAGAAAUUCUAAAGUAUAAUAAAUUGAUAGCAAAGAAUUGGUUGUGGGAGAUAUUCUCUUUUUUAAUAUUGGUGAUUUAUUAUAAGUGGAUGGAUUAAUGGUCUCUGGAUCAGAGGUGAAGAUGGAUGAAUCAACUGUCACAGGAGAAUCAGAUUCUAUCCGCAAAUUACCAUACAAUGAGAUAACCGAGUAUCUGAUGAUGAAAUCCAGUCAAUCUUAAUAAAUGAAAAACAGCAAUUAAUUAAAGAAAUAGUUAAAAAACGCAUCUCCAUUUAUGAUCUCUGGAACUAAAGUGAUGGAUGGCACAGGAACUAUGUUAGUAUUAACAGUUGGAUAAAAUACAUGCGCUGGAAAAACAAAGUUAUUACUUGAUCAAGAAACUCCUCCCACCCCAUUAUAAUAAAAGUUGGAAGGAUUGGCUGAAGACAUUGGUAAGUUUGGCACCUUUGUUGCUAUUAUCACAUUUUUUGCAUUGACUGUUCAUUAAUUAAUUUUGGGAUUUAUGGGUUAUAAUAAAAUUUUGAGUAUUGAAACAUUACAAUUUGUUAUACAAUCAUUCAUGAUAGGAGUAACUAUAAUUGUGGUUGCAGUUCCAGAAGGAUUGCCAUUGGCAGUUACCAUAGCAUUAGCAUAUUCUGUGAAUAAAAUGAAGGAUGAAAAUAACUUGGUCAAAAAUUUAGCGUCUUGUGAAACUAUGGGAGGAGCCAAUACAAUUUGUAGUGAUAAAACAGGAACCUUGACAUAAAAUAAAAUGACUGUCACUGGAUUAUGGAUAGAAAAUGAUAUUUUUAUGAACUAAGCUAUUUAUGAUAAGAAGGAUGCUUAAGUACCUCGAUAAAUGUAAGAAUUACUAGCUGAAAGUGUAACAUUCAAUUCAACUGCUUAUCCCACCAAAACUGAAUCAGGAAACUUUUUAUAGACUGGAAAUAAGACUGAAUGUGCAUUGCUUGAAUUAACAGACAGAUUUGGAUAUAGUAUUUCCUUAUACAGACCAACUGAUAAAAUUGUCAAAGUCUUACCUUUUAGUAGCAGAAGAAAGAAGAUGGCUACAGUCAUCUAUUAUAAAGGAUUUCUAAGAGUUUUUGUUAAAGGAGCAUCGGAAAUCAUUUUGAAUCAAUCAACCAAGUUAAUCGCAAAAGGACAAGAACAUUACUUAGAUGAAAAUAAAAAAAAAUAAAUAAAAUAAGAUGUGAUUGAUAGAUUCGCAUCUAGAUCUUUAAGAACCAUUGCAAUAGCAUAUAAGGAUACAAACUACAAAGGAACUUAACAUUAAUUAAAGGAAUUAGCCUUUAAUUUAAGUGAGGAAGAGUUGGAAAAAGACUUAGUUUUAAUUGCAAUUGCUGGUAUUAAAGAUCCAAUUAGAAAAGAUGUUCCUAAUUCAAUAAAAGCAUGUAAUAAAGCUGGAAUCUAAGUCAGAAUGUUAACAGGUGAUAAUACAUUAACUGCAAUUGCAAUUGCUAAGGAGAGUGGAAUAUUGUCUUCAGCAUAACCUAAGGAAUAUGAGUGUAUGGAAGGAAAGGACUUUAGAGAAAGUAUUGGAGGACUUGUGACAUCGCAAGUAGAUGGUAAAAAAGUCUUAAGGAUUGCCAAUUAGGAAAUAUUUAAUAAGAUUAGCAAAUAGUUAAAAGUCUUAGCCAGAGCUACUCCUGAAGACAAAUUUAUGUUAGUAACUGGUUUAAUUGAUCAAGGAAACAUCGUUGCAGUGACAGGAGAUGGAACAAAUGAUGCUCCAGCUUUAAAGAAGGCAGACGUAGGAUUCGCAAUGGGUGAAUCUGGUUCUGAUGUCGCAAAAGAUGCCGCUGACAUUAUAUUAGUCGACGAUAAUUUUAGUAGUAUUAUAACAGGUAAACCAUGUUAUUAUUUUUAGCAAUCAAAUGGGGUCGUAACAUUUAUGAUUGUAUUAGGAAGUUCAUCCAAUUCCAAUUGACUGUUAAUAUAGUGGCUCUUUUUAUGGCCUUUUUAGGAGCUGUCAUUCUAAAUUAAUCUCCUCUUAAUACUAUUUAAAUGUUGUGGGUUAAUCUAAUUAUGGAUACUUUUGCUUCUUUAGCCUUGGCAACAGAACCACCUAGUUCAGCACUCUUGGACAGACAACCAUACAAAAGAACCUAACCAAUAGUGUCAGCUUAUAUGUAUAGAACUAUUUGCUGUCAAAGUCUCUAUUAAUUGGCUGUUCUUAAUUGCAUUUUAUUUCUUUAUCCUUCUGAUGAGGUAUAUAUUUAAUUACUAUAACUUAGUUGACAAAGCUCAGUGUCUUUUUUUAAACUUUUGUAAUUAUGUAGGUUUUCAACUCAAUAACUUGUAGGCAGCUGGAUUAUCAAUCACUUAAUCCAUUUAAUAAUUUAUUCAAUAAUGGAAUGUUUUGGUUGAUUUAAUUCAUAACACUUGCAAUUUAGUUUGCAUUGUUAGAAUUUGCUGCUAAUUACGUUAAAGUGAGACAAUUAACCAUAAUUGAACAUUCGAUAUGUGCAGGAUUUGGUGUUUUGGGAAUGUUAGCUGGGAUUAUAUUUAAAUUAAUACCUGAGGGUUGUUGGAGAAGAGUACAUCUAUUUAAAGAAACAGAAAUUGCAGAGGAAAAUAUGGAUGCUACAUUGACAAGUUAACUCAGAAGAAAAUCAUCGCAAAGAUUGCAUUCAAAAGUAAUGAUCAAUGUAAAAAGUGGAGAACAUAAAUGA